AUGAGGUAUUUUGCUAAUUUCAUCUACACACAUGAUCUCAUUGAUCUUCCUAUGAAAGGUGCUAGAUACACUUGGUCCAAUAGACAAUCAAAUCCUGUCAUGUUUAGUUUAGACAGAUUCCUUCUUUCUCCUUCUUUUGAAGCUCACUUUCCUUUUUCCUCCCAACUUGCUAAAGCUAGGCCUACCUCAGAUCAUAUCCCUCUUCUCCUAGACAUUUUUGAUCCUUAUUUGGGUCCUAGUCCUUUUAGGUUUGAAGUUAUGUGGUUCUUGGAGAAUGGUUUUCUUAAAUUAUUAGAGGACUGGUGGCAAUCUUUUUGUUUUGCAGGUACAGCUAGCACAGUUUUAUGGCUUAAGUUGAAAGCUCUUAAGGAGAAACUAAAAUUAUGGAAUAAAGAGGUAUUUGGUAUCACUAAUUUUAAGCUCAAUUUUAUUCUUGAAGAAAUCCAAACCAUAGAUGUUUUUGCUGAAGACAACAUCUUGUCUGGGAGUUUGGUGAAUGAGAAGAUCAAGUUGAAAACUGAGUUUGAGAAGGUUACUAAGAUGGAAGAGAUUUCUUGGAAGAUCAAGUCUAAUACAAAAUGGUUGCAAGAAGGUGACAGGAAUACAUCUUUCUUCAUUAGUCAGGCUUCUUCAAGAAGAAGAGCAAACAGGAUCAGGCAACUUUAUGUCAAUGGUGAAUUAACUACAGAUAGGGAUAAGCUUAAGGAGCACAUUGUGGGUUAUUAUGAGAACUUGUUCACAGAGGAAGAAAUUAUAAGGCCAGAGUUGUGGAUAUUGAGUUUGAAUGCAUAA